AUGGGUGACCGAUACAAUAUACACAGUCAAUUGGAGCACCUUCAGUCAAAAUACAUAGGUACAGGCCACGCUGAUACUACCAAGUUUGAAUGGCAAGUAAAUCAACACCGUGACUCGUGUGCUUCAUACCUAGGCCAUUAUGAUUUAUUGAAUUGGUUUGGAAUUGCUGAGAACGAAGCUAAAGCAAGAGUACGAUUCAACUUAAUGGAAAAAAUGUUGCAGCCUUGUGGGCCUCCACCAGAGAAACCUGAUGAAUAA